AUGAGGCGGAGGUUUAAUGCACUUCGGCAGAAACCAGAUCUCUUCCAAGGGGAGACAUUUACCCCCCUGCUGUCAGAAGCGGCCCUUCCAAGAAGUGUCUUUCGCAACUACACUGCCCGUGACUUGUCCGCAGAGAACUGUGAGUGCCUUAAUGGCGGCUGGUGCAGAGAAGGGGGAGAGUGUGACUGCUCACAGUUCCAGGGCCUGGGAGACCGCUGUCAGAUCAUUCCAAACAUCGGGCAGGACAGAGACGGGAUCUGUAGGUCGUGGGGACAGCACCACUUUGAAACCUUUGAUGGAAUCUACUACUACUUCCCUGGGGCCUGCUCUUACAUCCUCGCUAAAGACUGCCGCUCCACAGAACCACAGUACACAGUGUGGGUCCACAACAGCCGGAACUGCAGGGGCUCGGUGUACUCCUGCACCCGUUCCCUCAGCCUCCACUUCCCCAACGAGGAGGAGCUCCUCAUCACGGGCUUCCAGGUCAAACGGGCCGGAGUCCGACUGAGUUUGCCGCAGACGAUCCACAACGUGUUCCUGGAGCGGCUGGCGGACUACAUCCUGGUGAAGAGCACGUUCGGGUUCUCGCUGGCCUGGGACGGGGGCUCGGGGGUGUACAUCAGGAUGACGGACGAGCACAAAGGCCGGGCCUGCGGGCUUUGUGGGAACUACAACGACGACGGAUCGGAUGACCUCACCACCAGCUACAAUGUGCAGACGGAGGAUAUUGCUGAUUUCGGGAACAGUUGGGUGGUACAGCUGCCCCAGGAGAGACACUGCAGGUCUGUGGAGGAGGAGUUCCCCAGCCCCUGCAACUCUGAUUCGCACAUGGACGAUGCCAUUGAGAAGUGCAGCGCCCUCCUGUUCUUCCCCUUCCUGUCCUGCCAUGAGAACAUUGACCCAAACCCCUACGUGGCCAGCUGCGUCUCAGACUUAUGUCUGGCGGACGAUGAGGACACGUUUUGCCGGACUCUGGUAGAGUACACCAGGGCCUGCUCGCACGUGGGCUACCCUGUGAGAGAGUGGAGAGACAGCUUCCCGCAGUGCUCUGACGGUUGUGAGGACAGCUUCGUGCACAGAGACUGCAUCAGCUGCUGUCCUCCAACCUGCACCUUUGAGAAGGAGUGCCUGGGGAGCAACCUGCACUGCCUGGACGGCUGCUACUGCCCGGAUGGACUGAUCCUGCAGAACGGGACGUGUAUCUCUGUGUCUCAGUGCCCCUGUGUGUACCACGGCUCUGCUUUCCCUCUGGGCCAUGUGCUAGAGCAGGGAUGCAGUGUGUGUGUCUGCAUGGGUGGAAUAUGGAACUGCACAGAAACCAACUGCACAGCGGAGUGCUCGGUGACGGGCGACUCCCACGUCAGCACGUUCGACGGGCGGAUGUUCCUGCACAGCGGCGCUUGCCAGUACGUUCUGGCGAAGAGCCGGGGGAGCGGGCGAUUCACGCUCACGCUGCAGUACGUUCCCUGCGGAGAGAGCCAGGAGUACGCCUGCAUGCACUCGGUCACGCUCGUGGUGGAAGAGGACGUCAGCCGGCAAGUGACGCUCACCAGGGAAGGCGAGGUCCUGAUUGGCAUCAACCAGGCCGCCAGCCUGCCGUACAGCGAUGACACGGUGACGGUGCGGAGGCUGAGCUCCGAGUUCAUGCUGCUGAAGACGGUGUUCGGCCUGCGGCUGCAGUUCGACCGCAGCGGGGGCCGGCUCUACCUGCAGCUGGACAGCAGCUGGAAGGGCCAGACGCUGGGGCUCUGCGGCACCUUCAACGGCAACCUGCGCGACGACUUCCUGUCUCCCUCAGGAAUGAUCGAGGGCACGCCCCAGCUCCAUGCCAACGCCUGGAAGGUCUCCUCGGCCUGCACCACUCCCAUCAACGUGCCCAUCAUCGACCCCUGCGAGAUGAACCAGCAGAACGUGUUCUACGCCUCCAUAUGCGACGCGAUCUCCGAGGAGCUGUUCCGGCCCUGCCACGGCUACGUCAGCCCGGGCGCGUACCACCAGCAGUGCCGCUUCCAGGCCUGCCGCUGCGGGCGGCCCUGCCUCUGCACCGCCCUGGCGCACUACGCCCGGAUCUGCGCCAAGCACCGCGCGCCCGUCAACUUCAGGGCCCGCGUCUCCGAGUGCGGGAUGGUGUGCCUGGGCGGGAUGAUGUACGACUCCUGCACCUCCACGUGCGGGCGGACGUGCCAGUCGCUGUCCAGCGGGGAGGUCUGCCCCAAGGGAGACGAUGAUGAUGACGACGACGACGACGACUGCGAAGAGGGCUGCAGCUGUGCGAAGGGGAGCUUCUACGACGACGUGCGACAGCGCUGCGUGCAGGCGUCCCAGUGUCACUGUUACUUCAUGGGCUCGGUAUUCCAGCCUGGAGAGGUGUCCUUCAGCUCCUCCGGACCCUGCCUUUGCAGAAACGGGCAGAUGGAGUGUGUGCCCGAGGAAAGAGAGCCAGAGCAUGGUGAGUGCCCCCCAGGGAAAGUGUACUACAGCUGCAGUGUGCGGAACGGGGGGGCGCCCCGUUUGGGCAUCGCCUGCGAGGUCACCUGCCGGAACCUGAUGAUGAAUCUCACCUGCCCGCCCAUGACCCCCUGCGUGCCCGGGUGCGGCUGCCCUGCAGGGCUGGUCCGGCACAAUGGAGAGUGCUACUUCCCAGAGAACUGCCCCUGUGCAUGGCUGGGCCUGGACUACCUGCCUGGAGAAACUGUGGCCACGUCCUGCUACAGAUGCGUUUGCCAUCGCGGGUUUUUCAACUGCACCCACUUCCCCUGCCCCGCCGUCUGCACUGCCUACAGCGACCGCCACUACCACACCUUCGACGGUCUGGAGUACGACUACGUCAGCGACUGCCAGGUCUACUUGGUCAAGAGCAUCAAUGACACGGAGAUCUCCAUCACCACCCAAAACAAAGACUGCUAUGAGAGUGGAAUCGUCUGUAUGAAGUACCUGGUCAUCUACGUGGGGCUCACGAAAAUCUACUUCAGUGACAACUCGGGCAAGCCGAGUGUGUCCACAGUGGUUGGGAAGGGUUUUGAGUUCCAGAUGUUGGGGGCUGGAUACUACACUGUGGUUCACUUCCCCAAGCAAGAAAUCACAAUCCUGUGGGACAAGAAGACCACCGUGCACGUCCGCGCCGGGCCCCAGUGGAAGGGCCGGCUGACGGGCAUGUGUGGGAACUUCGACACGGUGACGGCCAAUGACAUGACCACCUCCGGCCACCUGGAGGUCAGCAACCCCCAGGCCUUCGGUGACAGCUGGGCCCUCGGGCAGUGUGAGAGUGAUUUUGUGGUGAAGCGGCCAUGUGAAGGAGAUCUGGCCAGGCAGCCGUACGCCAAGAGAGAGUGCGCCCUGCUGUACAGUGACGUCUUCGCGCCGUGUCACAAUGUGGUGGAUGUGACCUGGUUCUACAAGAACUGCCUGACUGACACCUGCAACUGUAACCGGGGCGGGGACUGUGAGUGCCUGUGCACCAGCGUCGGAGCCUAUGCCCAUAAGUGCUGCCAACAUGGCAUCACCGUCCAGUGGAGAAGCCCCACUGUCUGCCCUUAUGACUGCGAAUACUACAACCAAGAGCUGGGAGAGGGACCCUACACGCUGUCCAGCGUGGCCUUCAACGACACCGUGCUGGGCGCUAACCGGACCAGCGGGGAGGUCCUUCCCCUGCCCAAAACCAGCACCUCGGGGGGGCCUGCCACCGUGCUCUUCAACUUCAUGAUCACCGCCGGGCUUCACAAAGACCGCUUCUCCCGCCUCCCCGUCAUCUCCCUAGAGUCUGCCGAGCGGCCCAACUACUUCCUGUGCGUGGGGGAGGGGCGCCGCCUGCGGUUGGAGCGCUGGAGUUCGGGGGAGGGCUUUCGCCAGCGCGCUACCUUCUUCCACCACCAGGGGCUGUGGCUGCCGGGGCUCUCCUCCUUCGAGCUGUACAGCCUGAAGGGCUUCUUCCUCACGCUGACCCGCGCCGCGGUGCGCGCUAAGGCCUACGACCACUCCCGCGCCUUCAAACGGGUCAGCAGCUUCAUCGUCCAAGACAGCAGUUUGCUGAUCCCGUACCGGAUCAUGUGCGAGUGGAAGUACCAGGCCUGUUCCAGCCCGUGCGUGAAGACCUGCAACGACCCGGAAGCCACCCAGUGCCACUUCCUGCCGCCGGUAGAGGGCUGCUUCCCACGAUGUCCCAGAAACAUGAUCUUGGAUGAAGUCACCAGGAGAUGUGUUUACAAGGAGGACUGUAUCAUCCUCCCUCCGACACAAACUCCUUACUUGUUUGUGACGAGGUCCAACAGAACCACAACAGCACCAACCUCCACCACCCCCACCACCACCACCACCCCCCCCAGAACCCCCCCGACCAUCAUUCCAACCAGAACUACCCCCACCAUCUAUCCACCCAGAACCACCCCCACCAUCUAUCCAACUAGAACCACCCCCAGAACCACCCCCAGAACCACCCCCACCAUCUAUCCAACCAGAACCACCACCAGGCCCAGCACCACCCCCACAAUCACUCCUCCCAUCACCACGCUCACCCCCAGCAUUUCUCCAACCAGCACCACUCCCAGCACCACAGCCAGCACCCGUCCAACCAGAACUCCCACUGCCACCCCCACACUCACCCUCACCUCUGCCACCACCAGAACCACCACCCGCCCCAGAACCCCCACCGUCUCUACCACCGCCAGCACAUCUACCGCCCCCAGGACCUCCACAUCAGCGGCAGCUCCACCCGUCACCCCUCUGGUGCCUGAGCGCACUACCCCGCCUCCCGUUCCGGAGGCCACACAGCCUGCCAUCCUCCUACCGUCUCCUCCUGUCCCACCGGUGACCACGCCCACGCCCAGGCCCGCCACCCCACCGAGACCGACCACCUCCACCUCGCCCCCCCUCACCGCCAGUGCUUCACCUACUCCGACCCCCCCUGCCACCACCCACACCGCCCCCGCAGUGACGACAGAGGCCACCUCCCCGAGCCUCAUACCCCCUUCCACCGUCUCCACGACGACAGCAGCUCCCGGCACGACGACGGCGGAGGCCCUGACCGUCACCACCGCAGCCACGUCGACGCCACCACCGUCAACCGCCCGAACCCCGCCCGCCACCACCUCCAAACCCUCCCUCCCCUCAACACCACCUCCCACCACCGAGGCUGAAGCCAGGCCCACUCCCUCCGCCAGCCCCACUCCCACACUCCCGGAGUCCACGACAGCCCCGCCCAGCACCAGCACCGAAAAGGAGGUUAUCGUCGUGACUACGUCUCCCACGCCCCCGACGCCCUCCCCGACGCCCGAGGCCGAGGUGGACACUCUGCCGCCAUUCCUGCUGCCCACAGCGCCCUGUACGGCGCCGUACUCGUACCGCGUGGACGACUGCAGCGAGUACAUCUGCUUCAACGGCCAGCUGAUGUUCCACAACGCCUCCCUGCACUGCCGCUACAACAUCACCCAGCCCAGCUGCGGCCUCCUGGGCAUGCCGGAGCAGACCAACCGAGACUACUGCUGCCCCCAGUGGCAGUGUCCGUGUCGGUGCUCCGUCAUCUCUGACCUGCGCGUCAUCACGUUCGACGGAAACAACGUGGCGCUGUACGACAACGGCUCCUACAUCCUGGUUCACCUCCCCAGGGAGAACAUCGUGGGUCACAUUGAGAAAUGCCCCACCAGCGAGAGUGUCAGCUCCAUCAGGCGUCCGACGGCGACCGGCGGCACCUCGGGGCUCUGCUUUAAGAAGCUGAACAUCACCACCCACUCCUACAGGAUCAUGAUCAACCGGCUGGAGAGGAAGGUGACGGUGAACCAGAUCACCGCGAGGCUGCCGUUCACGCGGCACAGCCUGCACAUCGACGACACGGGCACCAUGUACAUCAUCGACACGCCGGGCGGCAUGAGCAUCCAGUGGUACCACAGCACCGGCGUCAUCGUGCUCCAGUACAGCUCCACCAACAUGACCGCCGCCAGGACCCGGGGCCUCUGCGGCUGCUGCGACGGGAACCCGGCGGAUGACCUGAAGCUGCCGAACGGCACGGUGGUGCGGCACAUGGACGACAUCCCGCUCUUCCUGCACAGCUGGAUGGUGGACACGUCCGAGGAGAUCGACUACUUCCGCCGCGUGGGCGACAACUGCACCACCGGCAACUGCAGCAGGUGCUUCCAGAUGCUGAACCAGAGCCCCUACUCCCAGUGCCACCACAAGGUGUCCCCAGAGCAGUUCUGCGAUAAGAUCUGGGCUGGAGACCUGCACUACAAAAACCACCAGUGUGACUUCCUGGCUGCGUACGUUGCCAUCUGCUACACACACAACGUAUGCAUCAACUGGAGAAGGCACAACUUCUGCCCCUUGAAGUGCCCUCCCGGGAAGGAGUACCAGCCAUGUGUGAACACCUGUAAGACCAAGACCUGCCUGAACAGGGAGUACUACGAGGAGUCCAUCUGCUCCUACAUCCGGGAGGAGUGCGUGUGCAAGCGCGGGACCAUCCUGCACCGCGCCGACUCCGCCUUCUGCGUCACCGAGGACCGCUGUGUGUGCACGGAUAACGAGGGCCUGCCGCGCGCCCCGGGGGAGGUGUGGAACAGCUCGGGGAAGAGCUGCUGCCUGUACCGCUGCAUGGAGAACGGCAGCGUGGUGGCGGUCGAGCCCGACUGCACCGAAAUGCCCACCCCGCUCUGCGAGAGGGACGGAGAGUACCCCAUCGACGUGCUGGAGGAGGGCGCCUGCUGCCCCAAAAAGAUCUGCGAGUGCAAUCUAACCAUCUGCGACACCGAGGUGCCGACCUGCGAGAACGGGAACAAGCUUGUGAUUGGUUACAGUGCCGUGUCCUGCUGCCCGGAGUACAGAUGCGAGUGUGAUCCCCUGGCCUGCCCCAUCGCCCUGCCACCAGACUGCAGGGACGACCAGUUCCUGGUGGAGGUCAGGGACCACUCCUGCUGCUACUCCUUCCUCUGCGUUUGCGAGUCCUGUAUGGAUCCAGUCCCAUCCUGCAGCGUUGGCCUCAUCCUGGCUGUGUACCUGAACACAACCAAGAGCUGCUGCCCACAAUACCACUGCGUGUGCGAUUUGAGCCUGUGCCCCGAGGCUCCCGUGGAGUGUGCCCCGGGGACCGCCCUGGUGCCUCAGAGCGUCCCGGGCCAGUGCUGUCCAGACUGGCAGUGUGAGUGCAGCUGUCAGAAUUACUCCACCCCUUUCUGCCAGGUGGGAGAGGUGCAGAUCGAGAUUCCGGACUCCAGCAGCCCGUGCGGAUGUGCCCACUUCAUCUGCAGGAAGGCGGAGGUGUGCCUGUUCCAGGGCGUGACUGUGCUCAGCCCGGGCCAGUCCAUGGUGCAGUACGUGGAGGGGGAUCUGUGCUUCACGGUGCAGUGCCUGCAGGAGAGGGACCCGGCCACCGGUUUCUUCGCCAUGGAGGUGUCCAGCGUCAACUGCUCAGAGAAGUGUGGGCCUCAUCAGAUCUACGUCCCUUCCAAAGACCCUCACGUGUGCUGUGGGUCCUGCAAGAACGUGUCCUGCUCUUACCUGAGUGAGAACGGCACCACCCAGCACUACACGGCUGGCAGCUCGUGGGUGGCUAACUGCACGCGGUACGACUGCGUGGAGACAGCUGUCGGGGCAGUGGUCCUGGGGUCUGCAGUGGUCUGCCCCCCCUUCAACGACUCUGAGUGCCUUCAGAACGGCGGGGUGGUGCAGAACUACAUCGACGGCUGCUGUCGGACCUGUAAAGAGGACGGAAAGACCUGCAAAAGAGUGGCCAUCAGGACCACCAUUCGGAAAGACGACUGCAGGAGUAAUGCCCCCGUAAUGAUCUACUCCUGUGACGGGAAGUGCCCCUCGGCCACCAUCUUCAACUUCAACAUCAACAGCCACGCCCGCUUCUGCAAGUGUUGCCGCGAGAGCGGGCUGGAGAGCCGCACGGUGCAGCUGUACUGCACGCGCAACGGCACCGCCGUGGACUACACCUUCCAGGAGCCCACGGACUGCUCCUGCCAAUGGAACUAGGGCAAGGGGGCGGGGCCUCUCUCCAAGGAGGCAGGGUUAAAGCAGGAAGUGCCACUGUAAUUUCUCUAGUAUUAUUUUUCUUUUUCUUUUUUUUCCCGGUUUCGCGAACUGAUAAUUUUUUUUUUUUUAGCCAGCCAGGUGACAUUGAUUACGUUGCUUCGUGUUCCAGAGAAGAUGCAUCCGUUUUGUAUUUUUUCUCUCCAUUUUACUGUAAUUGUUAGUCGUUUUUCUGCGUUCACAGUGACUUUUACAUGAGUGAUGACGGCUUUAUGCGAUUUUGUAUUUUGAUGUAGGUUUCAUGAAUAAUAUUUUUUAAGAAAUUAUUUAACUGAGCUAUAACGCACUUUCUAAAAUGAACUCCCUGUAAAAUGACAAUCCAUGCCACUUUGAUGCCAAGGUUUCAUAUUUCAUGGUCAAACCUUCCUUCUUCAUUACUUUUAAGGAUGUAUCUAUGAGCUGAUCAUGUUAAAAUUAAUGACAGUGGCCUUUCAGUACAUUGAAGAUUAUUGACCAGGAUAAUGAAGUUCAAUGUACUCAAAUUUUGAUAUUUUUGCAUCAUUAGUUUCUUCAGUACAAGUUGUUUAAAUCAAGGACACAGUUAAAACACAACAAUAAAGCACAUGAUUUUA